AUGAUUUGGUUGGCGAUGAUAUUAUUGAUGGCUACCAGCAGUGUGCAUGGUCAGUUGAAUGCCCAGUCAAGUAUAGCACCAUUACUGAGAGAAUGCUACACGAAUAGAGAGUUACUUGACAGAAAUAAUUUACCUCCAACAACUAUGUCGGUGUUGAUAGAUAUUAUUCGUAAAAUUGAAGAUCAUCCCGACGUUAAUAUGGACAUGAGACAAUUGGUUGCUUUAAUACUUCAUACAUACAGACAAGAUGGUAUUGAAUUCCAUCAAACAGAUAGCAAUAUGCCUAUAUCGUCUACGGUGUUGCCAUUUGCACCUACAUUCCAUUCUUUCUAUCGUCACAAGCUGCUUUUAACCAGAAUUAUUCCUGGAAAUUUGCUAAUGUUGCCUGACAAUGUUUUAAAUUCUGCUUUAAAGUGUGCUCUUCACCAUAUGUUGUCUACAACCGUUGAUUUUCGCAUUCGAGGCAAUGAAAAUUCUUGUAAUACACUAUCGCAGUAUCGCGCUUUAAGAACUUUUCGUGAUGUUUCACAACACAUAUUUAAAGAUGAUGUUGAAAUUUUGGAUCUACCUUCAAUAAAUUCGUUGGACAAAAACGGGCAAAUGAGACAAUAUAAUCCAAACGAUGACAUUGAAUACACCGAUAUAAAUGGUUUAAAAUCUGAACGUCAGACACAAAUGCAGAGUCAAUGCCCAAUUCUUGAAGGGGUCGUUAACACGAGGUGGGGCGCUGUUUCUGCUGGAAAUGUCCUUGCAGGUAUCGCCGGUGGAGCCCAAUACCAGACAAUAUCAAUUAGAGAACUAGCAAGAGGUGCCAUCAUUGACUCGCAGAAUAUUCAACAAUUUGUUACCUCGACUUAUCCUACAACUUUAUCAGGAGAUUUAGCCGAAGCCGUUCUUAUUCAAAACACCGAAAGAGGUAGCUCCGUAAUAACUGUCGGUACAGCUGGUAAUUGGAAUUCAUCGCAAGCUCAAAGAUUCUAUAUGCUUCAUAGUCAAAAUAAUGUUGAGAUGACGGAACCAGAGCUUCGUGGUGGAAUAGAUGGUUUUGUUUUGGGUAAUAUUGUGAAUUCGCAGUUACAGGGACCUCCAAUAAAAUUGUCUCAACUUCUUGAUAUGUAUUACACGGAAAUGAAUGGAGUAUUGUCCCAGACUCGUAGAGCCUGCAAUCGACCAAGCUUAAGUCAAGAAUUUAUAACUCACGCUAACUUAGUCGCAGAAACUAAUGCGUUUGCUGCUGCUUUAGAUACAAAUAUACCUUUGCGGGGCACUAUUAUCGGAGGUUUAGAACAACUUGUUAACAAUGCAGUUACUAAUUUCCAAAACUACGUAUCUAAUAAUUUAAAUGACAUUAAUUGUCAACAAACAGUAAAUUUGAUGAGAAACUAUCGCCUUAAAACGAAUCUAUACUUGGUGGUCGAUUCGACGUGGCAGUAUCAGACCAUCUAUCCUGCUAUCUCAUGGCUCCUAGAUAAUAUAGACGUUGGAAAAUUUGGGUCAAGCGUAACCUUAUUAAGUGCUUUCGACGGAAGUGUCAUUAUUAAUAAAACCUUUUCCCUAGCAGAUUUUCACACAAAUUAUACACUGUCGAGACAUCAAACUAUGUUUAACGGUGUGAAUCUUGAAACGACAUUAACAAAUAUUAGAAUAUUGAUGCAUAGUGAACUUGAAAAUGAAAGGACUGCUAAUUAUGUUGGUGGGAAUUCCACAGUACUUCUAUUUCUGCUUAACUCCGCUGUUCAAAAUAACGUGCUAGUUCAAGAACAGGCAAGGAUCCUAAACGAAACUGUACCUGAUUUAAGAAUAUUGUUCGCUACUUCAACAGAUCAGCGUGAUACUUUAUGGCCUUUAGUACGUAAUUUACAUACUGACAUCAUGACAAUAUCGUUAACUUCAGAUGGCACUAAUGUUAAUAAUAAUAUGGACAAUGUACUACGGCAAGUCCAACAAGUUGGACGACGAAUAAUUAAUCCCACCUGUGGAUCAACUUAUCCUAUCGAAGCAAACUCAAAUAGAAUGCAAUUCCACGACUAUGUAGAACCAGGCUACGUAAACUAUUAUUCUGUUAGUCCUAACUACUUUUAUGGCGGUAAUGGAAACAGAUUCAUUCGCAUAACAAGAACUGGUGCUGGUUUUGGCAGUCUUGUAAUUUGUUAUUCACGCUUCGAUACACAACCAUCACAAAACAUGACUACAGGUACAGACCAAAAUGCUAUAUGUGAAACCAUCGCAAGUUCCGGUAGCGUUGAAAUUGGUUUGCAAACGCCUUGUGAGGGAUAUUAUACAAUUAACUCGUGCCCAUUGAUGUAUAUCUCUGUACAAUUUAAUGUGCCUUCCGAUGGACCGUUGACUUACACUUGUUCAGAGAGCGCUUGCAGAUUUCCUUAUAACUUAAGGUAUCAAAUUCAAAUAAAUGAGUUGGGAUGUUACAGCGGUUGCGGCACCAUAGGUUUUAGCGUUCUGUUAUUAAUUUUAUCCAUUGUUAUUAAUUACAUUUAAGCACUUAACGUUUCCUAA